AUGCGGAGGGCCCUUGACCUGUAUAUGGCACGGUACAGCGCGGUUUCAGACUCCCUGUGCUUUGGUGGUUUAAGUGGCGCAGCCUCAUCUGACCAGCACGAGCCGUUUCCCAACUCGUUAAUGGAAGCAGACUUCUUAGGAGGUCAGGCCGAAACUCAGCAGGGUGGAGCCAUAAAAAUGUCCGACCGCAGACAACCCGGGCUCAGUCAAAAAACCAUGGAAAGAUCAGAGUCCAACGACCGCACGAGCGAGGAGGCGAGCGGCCAGAGACGUCUGGAGUCUCGCUUCGUCAUUAAAAUUUAA